GUCUUCGUCAUGUAUAUAUACGCUAGUAUCUCUACCUUAUCGUGUCACAGCAUUGGUUACUGACUGUUACGAGUAUCAGACGGUGUUUCGAUUAAGUUUCGCUAUACUUAAAGACUCAAUGUAAUUGUGUUGCAUGUUCUUGUGUUCAGGCCAUACUAGAAAUCUUGUUACGAAUGUAUUACGACUUAUUCGUAAAUUGUGAAGCGACGUGAUUUGGUCACCUGUAUAUGUAUCCAAGGGAAUUGUAUCUAUAGUACCGGCAACAAUUCAUAAUAUUGAAGAAACAAUGUCGUACUCUUUUGAACAACUUGAUAGGUCCAAUACACGGGAAGAAUCUUUGCAAAGUCAUACACUAGUCUUCACACGAAAACGACUGUCCGUUUGUGAAAAAAGUUUUACAUCACCAAAUGCAUGCCGUCGCCACAUUCAAAUUCAUAAUGGAGAAAAACCAUAUUCUUGUGAACAAUGCUGUAGAUUUAUUCCACAUCAAGUGAAGGUGCAUAAACAAAUGUAUAGCGAACAUGAAGCAUUUGCUUGUGAACAUGGUAAUAAGCGCUACACUACGAAAAGUAAUUUGAAAGAGCAUAAAAGAAUUCCUACUCGGAAGAAAAUGUUUCAUUUUGAAGAAUGUCAGAAGUCCUGCAAGAAUAAUUCUCAAUUACAACGUCAUGUGAGAAUCCAUACCGGAGAAAAACCAUUUGUUUGUAAACAUUGUGCGAAGUGUUUCGCAAGACAUUAUCAUCUGAAAAUGCAUAUAAGAACCCAUACUGGAGAAAAACCCUUUGUUUGUAAACAUUGUGGAAAGAGUUUCGUAACACAUGACCGUCUGAAGAGGCAUAUGAGAACCCAUACUGGAGAAAAGUCAUACACUUGUGAACAAUGUGAAAAACGUUUUUCGGACAGUUCUAACUUGAAGAGGCAUGUCAAAAUGCACACCGGAGAAAAACAGUACGGUUGUUCUCAAUGUGAAAUGAAGUUUUCGCAUCGUUUUCAUUUAGAAACUCAUAUUCGAACCCAUACUGGAGAAAAACCAUACACAUGCAAACAGUGUGAAAAGUGUUUUUCAGAUAGUUCCAACUUAAGAAGGCAUUUGAAAAUCCAUAUACGCGAAAAGCAUCAUGUUCGAACAGGAGCAAAGUAAAACCGUUCGUCGAAUAAAAACGAGGAAAAGCUGUUACAGUUGCGUCAAAUGUAGAAAGACGUUCUCGCAUGGCCAUAUUGGCAGAAAUGAUAUCAGUGUGUCUUUUGCGUGAUCUGUAGGAAGCGAUUCAUUAGUUCAUUUAUAUUGAAAAAUAUAAUGUUCACAACGUUGCAGAAACUUCUUUGCCGAAGCGUGGCAAUCAACAAUCAAAAUGGUACUUAGACGCCAUAAUAGAAAUACUAAUAUUGCUAAAAGUUAAUUUUUAAAAGUGACUGAAAUAAAUUAAGCUGAAAAUAUUGUUCUGAAUGCACUAGUAAAAGCUUAGCGGAAGGAUUGCAAAAUAUAUGGGGCUUUUUUGUCUGUUUAAAAUUAUUGAAAACGGAUUUUUAUCUACUGACAUUUCAAAGUGAGUUUGGCUUUCAUUUAUUACUGCAAUUAAUCUAUAGCUUUUAAAUAAGAGGA